AUGGCAUCAGCAUGUGAAGCCUGCACCCACAAAUGUUUGUGUAUUCAUUCGUCUUUGGCUUUCAGUUCUCAUGUACCUUCAUUUUACAAGGUCAUGGCAGGGGAGUUCUCCUCUCAAUUGGAAAUCCCUGACGAAAUUGCAAGCAGAAUGAAUGUUAGGGUUUGUAAAGAUGUGAUUCUGACAGGGCCAAGUGGUCACUUAUGGCAUGUAAAACUCUGCCAUACUGAUGUUUCUGCAUAUUUUACAGAUGGAUGGCAAGGUUUUGUUGCUGACAAUCGUAUAAAAGCAAAAGACAUUCUUGUUUUCAGGCAUGCCAGGGAUAUGCAUUUUGUUGUUCAAGUCUUUGGUGAACAUGAACAGAAUCAUACAUUGUGUGAUCCUGAAGUAGAAAUACUCUGGGGAAAACAGAAGGAAAUUGGUUCAGCAGAUUCUGUUGGAAUAUUUAGUACUUCCUAUUAUUCUUCCACUUCUACAUGGGAUGCAGUUCCAAAGGUUGCAUCUAGCUCAUUUAUGAGGGCUAAUUCAGUCCUCAACCCUGUGAACAGUAUGGAGCCAAUGUUUUCACUGACCUUAACCAAGAGUGCAACAUCUGCUUAUUAUAACCUUACCAUUCCAAAAGAUUUUGCAAAGCGCUGGUUACCAAAUAAGAAGGUAAAAUUAACAUUUGUGCAUCACAAGAAUCCUGGAGAAUGGCAAUAUAUGCUUGAAACAAGGAAGGGUGGAAGGGAAUAUGGAGUACGUUGGAAAAGAUUUGUCACUGAAAAUAAGCUGCAUAAAGGUGAUAUCUGUGUUUUUAAGUUGAUGAAUGGAAUCAAGCACAUUUUCAUGGUCUAUGUAAACAAAUAG